AGGAAACAACAUUUCAACCAACCGAAAGAGAAGAUCCUUAUUUCCGACAAAGAAGAGAUGCCACAGGAAGGCUUGGCCUUUCUCCGAUCCAAAAAUGUACUGCAACAAUUAGGCUACUAGCAUAUGGUGGCGGGUGUGAUACGGUGGACGAAUAUGUCCGACUUGGUGAAACAACUGCUCGAAAAUGUUUGCAACAUUUUGUCAGUGGAGUUGUCAAUUUCUUUGGCGAUGAAUAUCUAAGAAGACCCACACCAGAGGAUCUUCAGAGAUUACUAUAUGUUGCAGAAGAACGUGGAUUUCCCGGGAUGGUUGGAAGCAUCGACUGUAUGCAUUGGGUUUGGAAGAAUUGCCCAACAGCUUGGAAAGGCAUGUAUACACGAGGAUCCGGCAAACCAACAAUUGUUUUAGAGGCGGUCGCGUCAUAUAAUCUCUGGAUAUGGCACGCUUUUUUGGGAUCUCCAGGUACUUUUAACUAUAUUAAUGUUCUUGAUCGAUCUCCCGUCUUUGAUGAUAUACUUUAUGGUCAAGCUCCACAAGUUACCUACUACGUUAACGGCAGAGAGUACAAUUUGACUUACUAUCUGACAGACGGUAUUUAUCCGAAAUGGCCAACUUUGAUUCAAUCCAUACCACUACCACAAAGUCCAAAAGCAUCUUUAUUUGCUGAACGCCAAGAAAGUGCCCGAAAAGAUGUUGAGCGUGCUUUCGGUGUCCUACAAGCUAGAUUCGCCGUAAUAAAAAAUCCAUGUCUUUUAUGGGAUAAAGACAAAGUGGGAUUCAUUAUGAGGGCGUGUAUCAUACUCUACAAUAUGAUUGUUGAAAAUGAACGAGAUGGAUACACUCAAGCUGACGUUUCUGAUUUCCCACAAGGAGAUGGUGUGGAUCUUUCAUAUUCUAUCAAUAUGGCUUCAAAUAUCAGCAAUGUGAUGAAUGGUCAAACAAUAAUUCGUGAUAGAGAAGUGCAUCACCAAUUGAAAUAUGAUUUAGUUGAACAUUUAUGGACUAAAUUUGGAUAUUAAAUUUGUUUCAUGUUUAAUUAAAUA